CUCUCUCUCUCUCUCUCUGUGUAAUCCACCCUUUUCAUUUCCAAGGGAAUUCCAAAAUCAAUGGCUGCCUGCUUAGAUGAUUCAAGGAACCAAACUGCAACCAUUUGUCCUUGUUCUGCUGAUUUCCGACCUGUCCAAAACAAUAAUUCUUUAUGCAGGCUGAUUAAAUUCUGCAGACCCACUGUCUUCAAGCUUAGUUCAUGCAACUUGGUUUAUCAGAAAAGCAAGAGUUCUACAAAAAUCGUCCCACAUGAGUGCGAUGAAGAUUACAUAUGGCUGAAAAUUCAAGAAGAAGCCCUGUCCUCCAUAGAGCAAGAGCCCAUCUUGUCAAAGUACUUCUAUUCCUCAAUAUUGUCUCACUGUUCAGUAGAAAGUGCUCUAGCAAAUCAAUUGGCAAUCAAAUUGAGCAAUUCAAGUCUUCCUACUGAUACCCUUUAUGAAAUUUUCUUUCAACUGCUCAGCAAAGAUAGUAGCAUCAGGGUUGCCAUCAGAGAUGAUCUCAAAGCUGUGAAAGAGCGUGAUCCAGCUUGGAUUAGUUAUGUCCAUUGCUUUCUAAAUUUCAAGGGCUUCCUAGCAUGCCAAGCCCAUAGGAUGGCCCAUAAUUUUUGGUUACAGGGUAGGACUGUCAUGGCCCUCUUAAUUCAGAAUCGAGUUUCAGAAGUUUUUGCAGUGGACAUCCAUCCAGGAGCGAAGAUUGGACGGGGAAUAUUGCUCGAUCAUGCCACUGGAAUUGUGAUAGGAGAAACGGCAGUGAUUGGUGACAAUGUCUCAAUUCUGCAUAGUGUGACCUUAGGAGGUACAGGGAAGGUUUCUGGGGACAGGCACCCUAAGAUUGGUGAUGGGGUUCAAAUAGGAGCAGGGACUAAAAUUUUGGGCAAUAUUAAAAUCGGAGAAGGUGCUAAGAUUGGUGCAGGGUCAGUUGUUUUAAAGGAAGUUCCUCCUAAGGCCACUGCCGUUGGAAACCCGGCUAGAAUCAUUGCAGUAAAGGAUCGAUAG